GGGCUGCGGCUGCACGCGGCGCGCAUCAACGCCAGCCGCGCCACGCUGCCCUGCGCCGUGCUCGCCUACGGCGGCCGCUACACGCUGCGCCUCGACCCCCCGCAGCAGCUGCCGGAUCGCUCGCUCGACGUGCGGUGGCCGCGGCCCGAGCUGGCUCUGGAGCCGUCGCACAUCCAGACGUUCCCCUCGCAGCCCGUGUCGGCCGCCCUGCAGUUUUCGCGCACAGCGUGCGCACCCGCCACCGGCUUCGACUUCCCUGACCUCUGGCUGCAGCUGCUCUUCUGUGGACACACCAAGCAGAACUGCCACGUGGCCAACGUAACGCGCACACAGGUGCUGUUCCGGCGGCAGGUGAAGGGCUACCCCGAGCGCGUGCUGCUGACGCUGGCGUGCGACCUGUUCGGCAUCGCGGGCUACUACGCGCUCACACUCACCGAGGCCGCCAAGUCCGGCCUACAGCUCCUCGUUGGCGACCCUGCUUAUCUUAAGGCGGCGUGGAGCGACCAGUUCGUGUUCAACGUGCACGCGCGGAGCGUCUUCCCGUGCGAGGACGGCGUGUCGGUGCUGUUCCAGUACCCGGAGUGCAUCCUCGCGUCGGCGGACCGCAUCCGCGUGUUCGCGCGACUGCGCGCGGACGUAGCGUCCGUGGCGCCGCCGUCUACGCUGGUGUACGCUGCCGAGGCGCGCGUGACGCGCGGCCAGCACGCGCUGCGCUUCCCCUGCUCCGUCUUCUCUGAGCGCUACGUGGAGUACUGCUUCGUUUACGUCAGCCAGGCCGUCACCGGCGCCGUCUCCGACCUGCGCGUCGACUGCGUGCCCACGAUGCCCGUGUCUGAGGGCGAGGCCGGCAACUGGGGAGCGUGGAGCGCAUGGUCAGCCUGCUCCGCGACGUGCGCCGGCUCGCGCAACCGCUACCGCAUCUGCGACAACCCGCCGCCCAGAUACGGCGCAAAGUUCUGCCAGGGCCGCGGCUACGAGUCGGAGUCGUGCGGCGCGGAGGACUGCGCGGACGGCGCGCUGGAGCCGGGCCCGGGCUGCCGCUGCGGCGGCUGCCAGAUGCGCGUGCGCGACGGCGCCACCGCCAGACUCGCCGCCUCCUCCACCAGCUGCCCUGGCCGCAGCCUCUGGCUGCUGCAGGCGGACGACGGCUGGGUGCUGAAGCUGACGUUCGAGCACGUGGUGCUGCCGUGCGGCUCGCACUGGCUCAAGGUGCGCGACGGCGACUCGCUGUCGGCGACGCUGCUGGCGCAGCUGAGUGGCCGCCCGCACGUGCCGCUGACCAUCAUCUCGGAGGGGCCCUUCCUGCUCAUCGAGUUCUUCUCCGACGUGCCGCUCGCCGUGCUGGGCUGCAGCGGCAGCUUCGUCGCUCGCGCCACUCCCCUCUCUUCCGGCAACGAGACGGGCGUCGCCGUGGCGGGAGCGGCGGUACGUGCUCGGAAGCCCGCCUCGGCCUGCUCGCUGCUCGGCUCGACGCUGACGCUGCUGUCCGACGUGGUGUCGCUGCGCCGCUCGCACCGCCGCCUGCCCGACUGCGAGCCCGACGACGACCACACCGACAAUGAAUACGAAGUAAUUGAACCACUGCAGCCUGACGUUAAAGACUUUAAAACUGCUUCUGUGAAGAGCUGUGGAAGCAGCGAGAAAGCGGAAAAGAAUUCCAGAUCAUCGGCUGAAGUUGUUGUCGUCAAGCCAACAUCGUCAAGAGCGAGUGGACCUCCAGUCACGAGCGCAGCUUCCUCUAAUGGACUCAGCUCUAACAACAGCGACAAGUUAACCAGCGAACGGAGAAACCAGCGGAAACGUCUCGACACCGACGCGACUGCAGCCCGAAGUGCACCAGCAAGGAUACCUGUGGCCACCGCCGAGGAUUCUCUGUCCCAGUCCGAAGAGAUCGUGAGCUCUCCCAAGGCACGGAAAGACCUGACUAAUCGUGAAUGUCAGCUCGCUGGAUCCGAGUUCAGUCUGUCCGGGCCAGACCACGACCUGGAGCUGGACUACUACGACUACAACGUCACAAACGCUGGAGGCAUUCCAGGCUCCCUCCUGGGCAUGGACCCCGCCUACCUACUGUGGAUACCACCUUUCGCUCCAGGAUGUUGGGAGGAGGAAGGCGACAAUUUACUUUCAUACAGCAAUCAGCCAGAGCUUCAAUCACAGCAUGAGCUGCAUGUGUUCCCACUCAAAGGAGAGUACUAUACACAAGUACCUCCAUCAGUGUGCAAGGAUCAGCAGGUUAAGGAUGAAGUGACAACGUUUUGUUCAACAGAUGUAGACAAACUCAUGGACAACAAGACUGCAUCUACAGGCAACAUCAGUACUAAAGAUCAAAAAACAGACACAAAUAAUGCUGCUAAUACUAUAAGACUUUCAGACAGUAUGUCAAAGUUAAUAGGCCCCUUGCAUCAUCAGGAGUAUAGCAAAGUUGGAAGUCUUGGUCAUGUCAUGAAUGUCAGAUCCAAAGAGGAUGUAAUGUUGAAGGAAUUUUCUAAGAAAUCUGAGUCACCAGUCAAAGUGCAUCAGAUAUGUAGUGUCAACAGUAAGGAAAGCACACUGAAAAAGCUUUCUUCUGCACAUGCAGAUAUACUAGACAAUAUUCAGUUUGCAGAUGAAGAUGAAGAAGAUGAAAGUAAAUGUGAUUCCCUGAUUAUAUGAUAAGUGUAUUGUUCAUGGAGAUGUUACCAAAGUGUCCUAUUUUAGGUAAAGUGACCCAGUAAGUAGAGUUGCUUGUUUUACAAAUAUUUUUCUUGGAAACAGAUGAACCACAAUAUACAUCUUGUUGUUAUAUUCAUAUCUCAAGGACAAAACCAGUGUCAAUAAAUCAGGCAAAUGUAAAUGUU